GCUUUGAAUUCUCUCUGCUCCAAAUUCUCACUCUUUCUCUUCUGCAGUCAUCAAAUCGUGCUGACUUUCUCUGGGCGUUUCCUCACUCGUUGGUCAGAGACUGUGCGUGGAUUCGAUACUCAUACUGUCUUUGCUACAUUGCCGUCGUUUGGCAAAUCGCUUGGCCUGCCCUUUGAUUUGAUUCCUGUAGCCAACAUCAACGCCUUGGCGGAUCCGACCCUCCCUGCUAAAUCCACCUUGAUCCAUCUCCAACAAUCGUAAACCUUGGAGCUACCAUCCUCUUUGUACACACAGAUUACUUUGCCUUUAGUCACCUGCGUCAAACGGACAGAUCACCCCUAAAAAUGUCGCAAACUCAGAGUCUCCCUCAGUUCCUGUCGGGCGAUGCGACGGCGAUAGCUGAGUUUCUCGACAAGUUUGACACAUUUCUACUUGACUGUGACGGUGUCCUCUGGUCCGGCGAUCACGUCUUUGAGGGCGUGCCCGAGACCAUUGCUAUGCUGAGAGCUAAAAACAAGAGAACUGUGUUCGUGACCAACAACUCGACCAAGUCACGGGCCGAGUACCAAAAAAAGCUGGCAUCCAAGGGCAUCGAUUGCGAGGUCGACGACAUCUUCGGCUCUGCCUACUCGGCCGCCAUCUACAUCUCGCGCAUUCUCAAGCUGCCAGGCCCCAAGAACAAGGUCUUCGUCAUCGGCGAGAAGGGCAUCGAGGACGAGCUCAAGUCCGAGGGCGUUUCCUACAUCGGCGGCACCGACCCGGCCUACCGUCGCGACAUCGAGGAGGCCGACUGGAAGGGCCUGGCCGACGGCUCGGCGCUGGACCCGGACGUCGGCGUCGUGCUGGCCGGGCUCGACUUCCACAUCAACUACCUCAAGCUGUCGCACGGCUACCAGUACCUCCGGCGCGGCGCCGUCUUCAUCGCGUCCAACACGGACAGCACGCUGCCGCUCAGCCACAGCUUCUUCCCCGGCGCCGGCUCCAUUCUGAUCCCGCUCGUCAACAUGAUCGGCCGGCCGCCCCUGGCCCUCGGCAAGCCCAGCCAGGCCAUGAUGGACGCGGUGGAGGGCAAGUUCAAGCUGGACCGCGCCCGCACCUGCAUGAUCGGCGACCGCCUCGACACCGACAUCAAGUUUGGCAUCGAGGGCCGCCUCGGCGGCACCCUGGCCGUCCUGACGGGCGUCAACGGGAAGGGCGACUGGGAGAAGGAGGAUGCUGUCGCACGCCCCUCGUUUUACGUAGACGCUCUGAGCGAUCUUCGUGGGCCCUAAGGGCGGGCGCUGGUUUGAUGCAUAUGCACACUGGAGACGGGUGGAGUGAUUCGCUAGGCAAGACGCGAUUGGGAUUCUAUAACAUCUAGACUAGAGUGGGUAAGAGUGUGGUGGAGGAAUCACCACCACUCAGGCAAUAGAGUUUCACCGGCACCGCCGAGUGCUAUAAACACUGUUGUACUGAUCCUUCGCCACGAGCCGGUCAACAGCCUGCCACAGCCCUCAC